GUUCUAUGAUGACGUCAUCAUUGAUGUUAUGCCGACGAUUGACGUCCCUGACGUCUUUAUCACCAAAGUGAAGUCAGUAAAAGUUGGGUCAAAGCCUUUAUUUAACCGGUAAUACAAAACCCGUGAUGGGACUAUGGGAGGCCCGAACUUCAAACUCCGGGGAAGGCACUUUCCUGCCAAUUUCACCUUGGCAAAGUUAUGAAGUUAAAUCUUGGUGACAAGAUUAAAACGAAAACGUCACCGGAAGAUGAUGUUAUUCUCAUCCAAUACGAGGCACUGAUACCGGAAGAACGCUCGGAAGGCUUCGCGGAAGUAGGUCACAGUCACAUGUACGCUGUCAGGGUAUGCACAGAAAAUGGGACAUACUUCGAGUUCAAACAUGUGGAGGUUGCCGCCAGAAGCUUACCGAUACUAUUCCGCACUCUGGAGAAGUUUCCCGCCAGGCAAGGUGACGUGAUCAGAGAAAUGUACAUCAACGCGGAAUCGUCUGAGAAAAAGAAGUUCUUGUACUAAAGCAUAAACUAUAUUGUAAACGUAACUGACCAUUCAUACCAAAGAGACACUAUAUAGAUAUUACCAAAUUACAAAAAAAAGACAAAAUAUUUACUUCAUUUUUUAAGCGGCAUGCCUCCAGACUCAUGCUCAUUUUCGUGAAAAAAAUUAAAAUGUACUAAAAAGUCAAAUAUUGUCAAGCGAAAAACGACAGUAACUGACACGCUGCAAACGACGACAAUUAACAAAAUAAAAGUUGAUAAGAAUAUGGCAAACUAUCCCUUAUUUCGUCAAAUAUGGUGAUUAUGGUGAUACGGCAAAAUCGGUCAUUUAAUUAUUGUAUAUAGCAUGUUUAUUAUUUUUCUUUAAUUGUGAAUAUGUUUACUUUUCUAAAAAUCUUUGUACAUUUUUCUCCAGUUUGAUUUUCUUGAUUUUUUAUACAAAGUAUGAUUCGUUAACUAGCUCCUCAUUCUAUAUAUGACUGAGAAGAUUGAAUAUGAUUAAGGAAUAAAAUUCAGUAAGUUUGACCCCGACAUACACAUAAUUCGAUUAAAUUUACAUUUAAUAUACGAAAUUGUUACCUUAAAAUA